AUGCGCAACCUUUUCUGCUGCAUCCUGGCUGAGUCGGAUGUCGCUGCACACAUGGAGGUCUACCUGCAGAAUCUCGACGUCACCCCACCAGACAACGACCCCAACAGCCAGCGUAUGGACAUCUACUGUGCAAUCGGAGGCCAGGGAUCCCUUCUGGAUGUCACCAUCACCCACCCCUGCCCACCAGACGCCUCUCCCUUCUGCUCUCACAGAGACGUGAGCCGGCGCAGUGCUCAGCUUUUGGGUUGGAAGGUCUUUGCCGAAAAAGCCAAGACGACAAGUACGGCCCCACUCUCUAAGCCAGAGGCUUCCGUUCUGUCCCCUUUGCUGCAGAGACAUUCAGCAGCUGGGCGCCCGCGAUGCUUGCCUUCCUCAAGACGCUCGCCAAGAGGAGACCCGCCCUUCGACCAUCCCAGCAUCCGAAGACGUAUCUUCCCGAAAGAGCGUCAUCAAUCAUUGGAGCCAGCUUCUGUCCAUGGAGCUGA